AUGCUUCCCGGUGCUGCGGUGUAUUAUUUUCCGUGGGAAUUCAAGCCUGGAGCUUUGCCGGACGGAGCAUCGGUGCGAACAUUUGGCAGACUUGCCUGCUAUGAACCGGAAAAGUCCCAGGCAUCACUAACAUCUCAACAUGCUUCCAAGGAGCACAAGGUCAUCAUCAACACAUUGUUUGUUGAACCAUUUAAUCCCAUAAUAGGGGCCCAGUAUAUGGUUCUGGGUGAAAUAGAAACAACCGAAGAGGUGGGCAUGCGUGUCUGUGCGCGUGUGCUCAACUGUGUGGAUGGUGUGAACAUUGCCCUUCUUCAAAAAGCCAUAAACGAGCAGAGGAGCUUCUUCAAGGAAAGGCACAGCCAACCGGAGGAUGUUGCAAUGCAAAAUGCAGAUGCAACUUGA